AUGACGUUCAAGGGUUUCAUGAAGAAGUUCAGCCUCUGCAUCCUGGCCCUCUUUUGGCCUUCAUUGGCAGUCAUCCUGGACUACGGCACUCUCAAGCAUACCUGGAUCUGCUGGAUUCUCACCUGUCUUGGCUGGCUUCCUGGUGUCAUCUAUGCCUGGUGCCACAUUGGCGGUGCCAUGUCACCUCCGGACUGGAGACUCAACCCCGAGCAAGGUGCGGGCGACCGACCUUUCCGCAGCACCAAGAACUACAUCAAGCUAUCGAAGGCCGACAAGACUCGCGCCAUGCUCGUCGAGGACGAUACAUUGGUCCCACUCAUCCCGGCUGCUUCUGCGCUUGUGGCCGCAGCUGAGGUCAAGCUUCUGGAGAAAGCACCGACAGUCAAGCCACCCCCUACACCGGAGCUCACGGCCGCUCCAGUUCCCGCUCCAACCUUCCCACCUGAGCCGGCACCUACCUCUCCGCCACCGCCGGCACCAACGGUUGCACGUCAACCGACAACCGCUCCUGUGCUACCCGCUGCUUGA